AUGAUCAUAUUCCUCUACCUAAUACUGGUGCUCGCGUGGGCGCUGCUCAUCAUCAUCCUGAAAUGCAAAAAAGCGCGCGCAAAACGCCUCGCCGAGCAGGAAGAGAUCGCCCAACAACCGGUACACGUGGUGCAGAUCGGUUCCAACCUCUACGACAUCAUGUCACUGCAGCGGGACAACUACAGUGGUGUGUACGGUUGCCACGAGCAUGGUAUCAUCGCCCAACACCGGCAGCGUGCCUCCGCCAGCGUGACGCACUCAAACGCGGCCUUCAUCGGUGACGAUGGGGCCAUCUAUCCCGGAAAUGGCAUGGUGGCCAUGGAACCGCCACCAUCGUAUGAGGAGGUGAUUCGACUUCCCGCCUACUACCCGAAGGUGGAAACGUUCGUACCGGAAAUGGUGGUCCCUCCGUCGAUGCCAGCUUUCACUCCACCAGCGGCGGUCAUACAUCAGCCCCAGGUGCACCAAGGAUCCUUGGUGGGUCGACCGGCGGGAGAUUCUUCGUCAGUGGCCACGAUCACAUCGGGCACGGACACACAAUCCACUGUAGGUCGUGAGCAACAUCCGACGGAGCCACCGGUCGAUGCGAAUGGAAACCGGCUCAAGAGCGUCAUUAUGACUAGCGCCGCCGUCAGCAGCUCCAGUCCGGUUGCUGGUUCUUAACAAGGAGUCUGACCAACCGCCGGGCGGCUAGGAUAGAGUCGAAAACCGUUAAGUGCCUACCGGGGAAUCCGCACGCUAGAAAAAAGGAGGCUGCCGUUUUGGGCGAAACGCGAGGCAAAUAAGCGCAUAUCUCAACGAUUCCUUACUUAGUUACGGGCGAAGAGCUGUACAUUUUUUGUUUCCUGUUUCAAGCUUACGGGCCGGGACGAGCGUGCGUGGCCGUCGGUCGCAUAGGAGUAUUUAUUUACUUAGACGUUCGUUUGUAUCUACUUGUUUUAGUGGCCCGAUAGGGGCUCAACCAACUCCCAAAGAUUGCCGUUUUGUGAAUUGAUACUGUGCAAAAAA